AUGGCCGAAGCGAUGCAAGAAGAACAACAACAACAAUCCCUAGACCAAAAUCUGGAAAUAGAAGAGACAAACCCUGAACGAGAACGCUUCUUGUUAGAAUUGGAAUUCAUACAGAGCAUCUCUAAUCCUUAUUAUAUUACUCAUUUAGCGCAGAAAGGAUUUCUAGACGAUCCAGUGUUCAUUAAUUACCUCAAAUACUUACAAUACUGGAAAAGGCCCGAAUACGCAAAAUUCAUAAUAUAUCCACAUGCACUUCAUUUUCUUGAUUUAUUACAAAACGAGACAUUUCGUGAAUCUAUGAAAGUGGAAGACACGGCGAGUUGGGUACACGUUGUACAAUACUGGCAUUUUCAUGCGUGGUCCAGCUUACAUGUGCGUAGUUCUGCGCAAGGACAAUCCUCGAAUAUAGUCAAUGGAUUUCCCUCUGAUGCAAAUACAAAUAUUGAUGUUAAUAGGAUGACGACAAUAAGUCAUGGUGGUGGUGUUGGAGGAGUUCGAAGUGGAUUCUUCAUGUUUUCCAGGAUUUCAAGCCAGUCCACAAGGAGACCUUUGCAACGAUGGGUACAAAAUAACGUUAUUCAAGUUCGGUCUGCUUCCACUAAUGCUGGUGCUGGCCAGUCGAAUAUAAGAGCUAUAGGAACAUCUGCUGCUGCAGUCGCCAUGGUCAUAGGAGGAGCCAGUUAUUAUUUGUAUUCGAAUCCGAUUCAUGCUAAUAUGGUCGAUGAGGGUUUACACCCACCUGCUUAUCCUUGGUCACAUAAAGGUGCACUCAGCACUUUUGAUCAUGCCAGUAUUCGUCGUGGUUAUCAAGUCUACAGAGAAGUUUGCUCGCAAUGUCAUUCACUUGAUCGAAUCGCUUGGCGUUCAUUAGUCGGUGUGAGUCAUACAGUCGAGGAAGCAAAAGCCAUGGCUCAGGAGUUUGAAUAUACUGACGGCCCAAAUGAUGAGGGUGAGAUGUUCCUACGGCCUGGUAGAUUAUCAGAUUAUAUGCCACGUCCAUAUCCCAACGAUGAGGCAGCACGUGCUGGCAAUGCUGGAGCUCUUCCACCGGAUCUUUCAUUGAUGAUUAAAGCACGUCAUGGGGGUGCGGAUUAUGUAUUUGCACUGCUCACAGGCUACGUUGAACCACCAGCUGGUGUCCAUAUUCGAGAAGGACUAAAUUAUAACCCCUAUUUUCCCGGUGGUGCUAUUGCAAUGGCACGCGUUUUAUUUGAUGGUUUGGUUGAAUACGAAGAUGGAACUCCGGCAACCACUUCACAAAUGGCGAAGGAUGUGACAACGUUCCUUUGUUGGGCUGCGGAACCGGAACACGAUGAGCGUAAAAAAAUGGGGGCAAAGGCAAUAAUCAUUCUAUCGGCUUUGUUCGCGCUAUCGAUCUGGUUGAAACGAAAUCGGUGGAGUGUACUCAAAUCUAGAAAGAUUGUGUAUGCACCUCCAAGACAAUAA